AUGGCGCAACCGAAAGAGAACCGCGUCGCAAAGAGGCCAAGCCCACAGAAUGGAGAGACGGGGAGACGACGAGCGCCGUACGCACUGCGUGCUUGCGAGGCCUGUCGUCGACGAAAGGGGAAAUGUGACGGUCGGCAACCAUGCAGAUACUGCGCAGGGCGUAAACAGACCUGCGUCUUCGACAGCAUCUACGGCUCCGAUGACGGCAUCUGGUCCGUUCCGACAGCGAUUUCAACCGAUGAAUCUUCAAUCGAGUCCGACCAAUCAAUGCGAGAGACUUCGUCGACGUCAAAUAACCAGGAGAACAUCAUGAAACUUCUAUCAAGUCUCCAAGACCAAUUGAACAGUCUCGCGUCCCGCGUGCAUACUCCCAGCGAGGCGGCGAGCGCCAUACAACCAUCCCCAGCUUUCGCGAUGGGCAACCAGACACCCGAAGAUUUCCUGUCCGCCCUUAUCACCGACGCCGGGGUCAUCGAAACUUGCCUCGAAUCAAUUGGGCCGUCGACAUGCUCUCCGCCGCGGGCACUGUAUGGCCUGCCGAGUCCGGAGGACACCAUGAAGGUUGCGCGAACCCGCGUCCGCCGAGAGAGCCUAUACCACACGCCGCCCGAACCAGCGCAAGACGAAACGAUCAGCCUCGACUUCAUUCCCACCGUUUCUGGUCACGACGACGCCAUCUCUCUAACGCAGAGCACGAGCUCCUUCAACCCACUGAUAACAGGAGGAAGCGAUUCCCAAAAGUUGUUGCGGUUCAAAUCCUUAAUGAACAUCGACGAGGUGGUCGAAAUGCUUGGCGUAUACCAAGACGUUAUCGGAGAGCUUCACCCAAUUAUCGACGUCGACCAAACUAUUGCGCACGCUCGAUCCUUCUAUGCAGAUGUGGAAUCAACAAGUUGGGGAAUGGUCACAGAGAAAUCGGCCACGCCUGCUGAGGAAGAUUUAAUGAUCUUGAAUCUUGCCUUGGCAAUCGCACUGCACACGGAAGCGACGCCGGAAAGCUCCAACAUCGAAGCGCUCAUCGUAGACUGUAUGAAAGAGGCUGUCAACAGCAGGGUCACUGAAUCAACCACAAGUAUGAAGCAGGCCAUUAUUAUACUGCUCAAGGGCUGCUAUGAAUACUUCAAUGAUAUGCCCCAAGUUGCUUGGCGCAUGUGUGGCAUAGCCGGGCGCAUUUUAAUGGAGCUCGGUGUACACAAUGAGGAAGCGUGGUCUCGUCUAGCAGACUCACAGAGUCAACGCUCAGAAUUAUGCACCCUUGUCUCCAGCAUUAUCAUUCUUGACAGGCAAUGGAGCGCAGCAGCCAACCUGCCUUCCAAUUUUCAUGACUCUAGUUUCAGCCCUGUCAACCUUAUCUCGACCGACCAUCCCUAUAUCAAAGCUAUGAUGUCUUUCAUUCGCGUCAGCAACAAGUUGGAUGGGCCUAUGGCACAAGCCACAAAAGCCCAGCGGUACGAGGACGAGGAUAACUUCGAGCUCAUGAAUUUCCAACUGGAGCAAUGGCGAAAACGAGCCGUCGGCAACUACUCCAUCACACACCCUGAGACAUGGAGCCUGAGCCCUCCAAAGCAACCUUCCUCCUUCCCCAUAUUACUCCACCUGCGCGCAGAGACCGUCCGGAGUUUCCUGCUCAAGCCGUGGUUCUUCUCGCGGACCGACACGCAGACUAGCAAGAAAUACCUCCAGCCUGCAAUUGAAGUCCUCUUCGACAUCUGUGACGUCCUCUACGCCCUGAACGCCAACACGGACAUCUACCGCAAGCAGCAGCCUUACUACCAAGAGCUAUUGGCGUCGGCUUCCGCUCUUGGGUUCGUGCUGACGUCGUCUCUGGAGCAGAACCGUUCGACCCUGCUAGCUAGCCUACCCCCGGGUCUUUCCAAGGCAAUGGGCCGCAGCUAUGAGUUGGCUGUGGCGCUGGCGGCGAGUUAUGUUACGAGAUCAAAGGCUGCGAAGCAGUUGUCCGAUCAGCUCGCGGGGGUGCGUGGGAGCCUUAUGGGGUUCGGCAUGCUUGAGGUGCCCGACUCCGCCGAGAAGGAUGACGGCAAGAAGGACGGCGACGUACUUCCUGUGCCUGAAUUUGUGUAUGAUGGGUCGUCGGGGUGGGACGAUGAGUUCCACAUGCAAUGGCCAAGUUGCGAUCUCGAGAACAGUUUUGCGGAAGGCAUAGUCUCAUAG